GCAAACACCGUACCGACGGGAGCCCCUCUUUUGACCUUGUUCCAUCUUCAUCUUCAUCCGUCCCUAACUCUCAUCCUUGCUCCUCCAGUUUCCAACCAACUAACGCUGCGGGGACAAACUAUGACCAUCAGGGAAGGCCUAAUUGGUGGCCACAUAAUCAGGAGCGGCUCGAUAAGGUGUAUAAUAAAUACAUUGAAGACUCCGAGAAAGAAGCUAGGAAGAAAGAAGCUAGGAAGAAAGAAGAGGAGAAGAAGGAGAGGAUUCAGAGGGAAGGCGAAGCAAAGAAGCUCAUAUGGAAACAAGAACGUGGGCAGCUCGAAGCUGAGAUGGGGGCACGCCUGGAGAAGAGGUGCCAAAUUGACGGGGAAGGCGGUCAGUAGCGGUGGGAAAGACGAUUUCAGUGAUGAACUAACGAAGCUGCGAAUGGCGAACGAAGAGCUUAAGAAGAAGCUGGGGGAGUCCAUCAAUCCUACGGGGGACGAUAAGAUUAUGUAUCUCCAGAGGGAGAUCAUGGAAUUACGAAAACAAAUUGCGGGCAAACAUUUGGAUGAAGAUGUGAUUCUCGCUCUGCAAGCUCAAAUUGGGGAACUGAAACAAUCGGCAUACAUGAAGACGAAUUUUGAGAAGGAGAUUGCUGGUCUUAGGAAGGAGAUCGGCGUGCUACGGGAGCAAAACGAGCAGAUUAAAAAUGAGUCUAACCUAUGGAAGGAGGAGGCGGCGAGGCCCGGUAACAAGCGUGGUAGCGUGGUGAUUGGUACACCGGAGGGUACGAAUCGUGGAACUCCUAAACCACAAUGGACGGGGAGUGCUCGGGCGGUGAGUCUGUGGAUAAAUGGAAGGAGGAAUAUUGAAAUAUUAGAAGUCUCCAUCGGCUGGCUAAUAUCGAAGCUGAGGCAUUGAAGGAGAAACGGGCCGAAGCGGAGCAGAAACGAGUUGAGGCCGAAAAGCAGGUGAAAGCAUUGGAGGAGCAGAUGAGUAAACUUACCGCCGAUGG